CCCACUCCGCCCCGCAGCAGCAGCUAAAAGCCCGCGCGGCUGCAAAGUAGAACUGCGUUCUCUCCCCGAGCCCGGCGGGCGAGCCGGAGCUGGAGCUGUGCGUUCCUUCAAAGGCACGAGGAGUUAAGUCUCAGGAGGAGUCUUGAGUGCCGGUUUGAGGCCCGGACAAGUCCUCGGGCAGGACGGCGUCAUGGAGCCCUCCAGGGCGCGGCUGACAAGUUUGGAGGCGCCGGCAUCAGCGCCCUUUGGAGAAUCCCCGCCGGCGGAGGAACUGCCCGAUACGGAGGUCCUCUGCUUGGAGGGUGGUGAGGAGGGCGGUGGCACAACGGAGGCCCGGCACCCUGACGCUCAGCUAGGGGACAGGCCCCUCUCCCGGAAGGAAGAGACUGCCCCCCAGGAGCAGGAGGAGCUGCUGGAGUGCCGCCACCGCGGCCGCGGCGCGCGCUCCUUUUCCCUGCCGGCCGGCCCCCUCCUGCAGGCGGCCAAGUUUCUGCAGCAGCGGCAGCAGCAGCAGGCCCUGGGGUUAGGCGGCGAGGACGCCGAGGGGGCUGAGGACGCGCCGCACAGCCCUGGAGGCUGCUGCGCCAAAUGCAAGAAGCGGGUGCAGUUUGCGGACACGCUGGGGCUGAGCCUGGCCAGCGUGAAGCACUUCAGCGAGGCCGAAGAGCCGCAGGUGCCGCCCGCUGUGCUCUCGCGCCUCCGCAGCUUCCCCAUGCGGGCGGAGGACUUGGAGCAGCUGGGGGGCCUGCUGGCCGCGGCGAGUGCGGCCGCGCCCCUCUCCGCGCCGCCUCCCGGGCUCCGGCCGCUCUUCCAGCUCCCCGGGCCGAGCGCCGCGGCCGAGCGCCUGCGGCGGCAGCGCGUGUGCCUGGAGCGCGUGCAGUGCUCGGCGCCCUGGGGCGCGGAGGUGAAGGGCUCGGGCCGGGUGCUCGGCUGCCCGGGGCCCAGGGCCGUGACCGUGCGCUACACUUUUACCGAGUGGCGCUCCUUCCUGGACGUGCCGGCCGAGCUGCAGCCCGAGCCGCUGGAGCCUCAGCAGCCAGAGGCGCCGUCGGGGAUCUCCGGACCAGGGUCCGAGGAUGCUGAGAAAGAGCCCGGCACGGAGCGCUUCCACUUCUCGCUGUGCCUGCCCCCGGGCCUGCAGCCUGAGGACGGGGAGGAAGCGGACGCGCGCGGCGUCGCCGUCCACUUCGCUGUCUGCUACCGCUGCGCGCAGGGCGAGUACUGGGACAACAACGCGGGGGCCAACUACACGCUGUGCUACACGCGCCCAGCUGAUGGGGCUCAGCUUUGAAGGACCGUGGGCAGCCCCUCCCGAGGGACUUGCUGGGACGCUUUGCUGAGCAUUGUGGAUCUGGCGUGAGGGGAGCGCGAGGGAAAGGAGGGAGCCGCCGAACCAUAAACUCGCACCCCAGGCGGACCCCUGAGCCAGUUUAGUGAGCCCAAGCAAAGCUCCAAAGGUCUCUCACCACUCGUACCUUCCUAGAUGGCCUCUAGGAUGCCCAGCGUGCGUCAGAAUGGGAAGAAAUCCCCUCGGCCCCGGCAGUAACUUGAGCCAAGAAAGAGACUACCGACUCUUGAGCGUGGUUCUAAGACCUUGGGAAUUGUUUUUAAGUCUACAUGUCAUAUUUUAGCUCUUGCAGCUUGCUGGAGACCCCUGGGGAAAGGACAAGCGUCCUGACACCGUGCGCUAAGGGAAGACGCCCGACCGUGGGCGCCCGCGUGGCACCUCUGUGCCCCCUCUGUGCCCCGGCCUAUUUCUCAGAGAAAACCGGGUGGGGGCUGGGCCAGGUCCUUUUCUUUUUGCUGGCAUCUGGGAAAUGUUGGCCCAGACUUAAUGUUAUUUACUUGUGCGAUUGUGUACAAAUGUCCUUUAAAAAA